AUGAAGUGUGCAUGGAGACAAAUUUUAUCAACCUACAAAGAGACAGGCAACGGUUCGAAAAAUGACACUCUUCAAAAACAAGAUUUUCCACGAUUGCUACAAGCCUUCAUGACAUCAAUUGAACCCAAUCAAAGUGCAAAUUUAAAGGCUGGAUUUAAGAAAUGUGGAAUAUAUCCAGCAUCUGCACAUGAGAUUCUAAAAUCCUUUACUAAUUCAGAAUGUGAUCAAAGCCCUAUUGUAGAAAGUUUUAAGUCAUUUUUAAAAAAUAAAAGAAAUACAAUAACUGGAUUAGACAAUACUACUUAUCAAUGCGAGCAACUUUUUUUCAUUAAUGAACAGUAA